AUGCUAAAUCAGAUACAGGGUGUUUCGGGAAGAGGGUCAUCUACGAAACAAGGGGGAGACGAGCAAGAAGAAAUAAAGAAUGAGGAUUAUCGGACGGAUAAUGAAGCUUUCGGAUCAGGAAAAGAUAAGGCAAAGGAGACGGUGGGAGUUGAGAAUCAGAAAGAAGCUAUUGAUGAUCCGAAUCUCUACUGGUUAGAGCUAACAUUCUCAUUUACUUAA